CACGUGGUGGGCGCGCAGGGCGGCUUUGUGGCCGCCAUGUUGUGCGGCCCCGGGCCGGGCCGGGCAUGGCGGGCGCCGGCAGCAAUUGGCUCUCGGGGGUCAACGUGGUGCUGGUCAUGGCCUACGGCAGCCUGGUCUUUGUGCUGCUCUUCAUCUUCGUGAAACGCCAGAUCAUGCGCUUCGCCAUGAAGUCCCGCCGCGGCCCCCACGUGCCUGUGGGGCAGCACGCACCCAAGGAUUUAAAGGAAGAGAUUGACAUUCGACUGUCCAGGGUGCAGGACAUCAAGUACGAGCCACAGCUGCUGGCAGAGGAUGAUGGGCGGCUCCUGCAGCUGGAGACACCAGGCUGCUAUAACUACCUGUACAGGAUGAAGGCACUGGAUGCAAUCAGGACAUCAGAAAUCCCCUUCCAAGCAGAGGCUCGGUACCCAAAGUCUUUAAUAGGGAAGAAUUUCUGUGCCUACCUGCUGGAGCUGAGGAAUUCCAGCUCCUCCUUCAAGGGCAUCCGCAAGGCCUUGAUCGACACCCUGCUGGACGGCUACGAGAGCGCCCGCUAUGGCACGGGGGUCUUUGGGAAAACGGAAUAUCUGAAGUAUGAGGAGGCUCUGAAUGAACUGGCAAACAUCACCAAGGCCCGGGGUGGCAGCAGCCAGAGGCAGCACCAGUCAGCAGUGAAGGACCUCACGCUGUCCCCUGAAGCCUCCAGCCCCACCACCAUCCAGGUCACCUACCUUCCUUCCAGCCAGAAGAGCAAACGUGCCAAACACUUCCUGGAGCUGAAGAGUUUCAAGGACAACUACAACACACUGGAGAGCACCCUGUGAGCGUGCAGGAGGCUGGGUUUGCUGGGGGGGUCUGGGCUGCAGUGCAGGCAGCACUGAGAGGAGCCAGCUGCACUCUCAGAUCUCCCCCUCAGCCCACUCUG